UCUGAGUUUCAGUUUUUCAAAUCCCAGCUGGUCUGCAGAGUUACUGUAACUUACAAUGUGCUGACAUGAGUCUUGACAUAAAGUGUUUGGAUUUGAGCACCGGACUCGAGGAUGUUCCUGUUUCUGUCAGGGGGAUUUCAGCCACAGGGACACGUCCUGAAUUCGUGUAUUCCCCAGAUAAUGUUCAGGGACCAGGAUGCACUUUGGACCCCAGUGAAGUCUCCCUUCCAGGAUGCUCCUGUCUUUCCCACUUGUGUGUUACUGAGAGCUGCUCCUGCCUGCAGACACAUGGACCAGCAUAUGACACUACAGGCACACUGCUGAACCUAAGCGGCUCCGACUCUGGUUACUGCUCACCAGUGUUUGAGUGUAACGCCCUUUGUACCUGCAGUGAUGCAUGCUCCAACCGGGUGGUUCAGAAGGGGUUAAGGCUCAGGUUAGAGGUUUACUGCACAAAGAACAUGGGCUGGGGAGUACAGACACUUGAGGCGAUCCCAAAAGGGACUUUUGUGUGUGAGUAUGCAGGAGAGGUGAUAAGCUUUGAAGAGGCCAGACGUAGACAGCUUGCUCAGAGGUCUGCAGAAAAUAACUACAUUAUUGCAGUGAGGGAGCAUGCUGGUACAGGAUCCAUCAGUGAGACGUUUGUGGACCCAGCAAUGGUGGGAAAUGUCGGCCGGUUUCUCAACCACUCCUGCCGGCCGAACCUUUUCAUGCAGCCAGUCCGCGUGCACUCUGUGGUACCUAGACUGGCUCUGUUUGCAGCUCGGAACAUUGAUGCACAAGAGGAGCUGAUGUUCGACUACUCUGGAGGAUACAGUAACCAACCUCCUGCAGAGCUGCUGCCUACAAACAGUGCUAAUGGAUUACAGGCCAAAGGGACAGGCGGACUCCAGAGAAAACAGUGUCACUGUGGUGCCGAUAACUGUGUUCAGUUUCUUCCACUGGAUUUAUCCAUUCUCAACUGAGAGAUAAGAAAAUUAAAUGUAUUUUUCUGAGAGACCGUUAUAUUUCUGAAAAAUGGAAGAACGUUUUUGUCAAGCCUAGUACAAUUUUCACAUAUUGUACGUUAUUUUAAAAGGUCUUCUUACAUUUCUUGACAACUGAAUUGUUCCCUUCACAACAUCUGCUGGAUUAGCCAUGUCUGUGGCCAUCAUUGUUUCCUAUUUUCUUUCCCCCUUGAGGUCACCUGAUCUGCAGCUGUCUCCCACUCAAUGAAAGGAGUACAAUGAGAGUGAAAUCCAAAAGCUUGGAAAAACAGUUUUUUUUUUGGUUUUUUUUUACCGAACACAAUUGUUGUGAAUCCUGGGGAGGAUUUUGCACAAUGUAUUUGACAUACAUUGUAGAAAAUCAUCAAGCAUCACGGUAUGCUUGAUUUGUGUAGGACACCAGAUUGUAUAUCUCUAACUGUCGUCUUGUCGUGGAACAAUGGAAUUCAGAUUUUCACAAACACAACAAUUGAGAAGCAGAAGUAUCAGUUACACUGACAGAGAGGGGAGAACUUCGAUACACAACUAAAAUAACAGAUCUACUACUUACAGUUGGAAUAUUAACCCACAUCAGUCAAAAUAAAACAUCAGAAUUCCCAGUUAAAGUUAUAGCUGUAAUGUGUUUACCA